AUGUGGUCAAACAAUUAUCAUCCUUAUGGAAACAUCCAACAACAAGAUAUGCAACCAAACAACUGGCUCAAUCAAAGUGUUGCCAAUGGAUUGAAUAAUCCAUUCGGCAUACGUUUUGAUAAUUAUAUGAAUGCACCUACAACAAAUCCAUUCGCUGGUCAAACCUUCCCCAAUACUUAUCAACAGUUUGGUGGUUUUGGAUACCCUUUUCAAAGAUAA